UUUGGCAUAGAUCCUAUUAUAAUUGAAAUAAAUAUCUGAUAAGUGAGCUUCUUCUCACUAUAAAACAAAUAUCUGCUCUCGUGGUUUGCAUUGCACCUUUCUUGACUGUGUUGAAUCAUGGAAUAUUUUGUUGUUUUUUUAGUGUUAUGUGUUGCAGGAUCUUUAGAGGCUCUUAAAUGUGAAUUUGGAAAUAACAACGGAGAGAAUGUUCGGCAAGCACUAAGCCAAUGUUUAAACAGUAAUGAAACUGAGCAUUUCUGGAAGAUGGCAAUGAUGGAUGAAUCAGAUGAGGGUUCGUCUGAGGAAGGUGAACAUUCCAUGACCAACAGCAUGAACGGUUCCAACUCCAGUACAGUGGCUAAAACAAAAAGAGCUGUCGAUGAUAAAAUGACCAAACCAGGAACUGAUACAGAUAGUAACACAACUGAGGAACCAGAUAAUGGAGAUUCAAACGAAGCUUGCCUCAUUCAAUGUGUUUUCACUAAUAUGGAUCUGAUGGACACCAACGGUAUGCCAGACCAUUCUAAACUUCUGGAAGGACUUUUGAAAACAGCAACGUCUCGUGAACUACGAAAUUUUUUUCAAGAUACAGUAGAUGAAUGCUAUCAAGAACUAAACGAAGGUAAUAAAAUGGACAGCUGUUCUUUUUCAACGAAAUUGGUCAAAUGUUUGGUAGAAAAAGGAAAAGCAAAUUGUGCUGAUUGGCCUGCUGGAGGUUUGCCGUUUUAGUAGUUUAAAUGGAUCUUAUAAUAGGCUGAUAUGUAUAUAAUUUAUGUUAUUGUUUUCAAUAAAAUUUUAAGUUCGCAUCUACAA